CCCAUUGUGGUGGGGUAGCACCUGUACUGUUACUGCGUGCAUCUGUUGAUUCAAAGAAUUGGGAAGGAAGAAGCCUCACCUUGUCUAGCUUGAAACACAACCACUCCACGGGACUGGAAUCUCCAAACACUUCAUCAAUCUGCCUGGCCGUGUCGGGAUCCACUUGACAAUUCUGGCGGGAUCCUGUUCUGCUGUCCUGUGUAACUGACCACUCUCCAGCCUCAGCCCCUGGGCCAUGGUACAUCAGAGUGUAAAAGCUGAAAUAUGAGUGUCGCUCCAUCCUCCACCCUGGACAACCAGCUGACCACUACCUGGGGCCCUGCCGACUCCUAUCCUGAUGGGCCACUGGUAAUGUCCGGUUACACAAGUCGCAUGUGGCCCCACGAUUCCCAGCCUCAGUUCUGGAGUAAGUACCAGGUGUGGGAAUGGCUGCAGCAGAUCAUGGACAUCCACCAGAUUGACGCCUCCAGCAUUCCCUUCCAAAACUUUGACAUGGACGGCCAUCAGCUGUGCAGCCUGAGUUACCAGGACUUCAUACGCGCUGCUGGCAACGUGGGACCCAUUCUCUUCCACAGCAUCACAGAGCUCAAGUGGAGCGGGCAGUACAACGUGGAUAUCGGGCAUCUGGAACUAAAACCUGAAGAAUACUGCCCAUUUCCAGAAGUCAGCUAUCCAGCUGGAGAGCUCUAUGACCCCCCCAUUCCCACUCUUGGACUUGAUGCCUCCCCCACCCCUUCAAGUCCUGACAUCAAGCGGUCUUUAAGUAGAGCUCAUCAGGUCAAAAAACACAAUCCAAGAGGUACGCACUUGUGGGAGUUCAUCAGGGACAUUCUGCUGAACCCAGAGCGAAACCCGGGACUGAUCAAAUGGGAGGAUCGGACGGAGGGGGUUUUCCGCUUCCUGAAGUCAGAGGCGGUGGCACAGUUGUGGGGAAAGAAGAAGAAUAACAGCAGCAUGACCUACGAGAAACUAAGUCGUGCUAUGAGAUACUAUUACAAAAGAGAAAUCCUAGAGCGGGUAGAUGGACGCAGACUCGUUUACAAGUUUGGAAGGAAUGCGAGAGGAUGGAGGGAGACUGAGAAGUGACAAUUUCAUUAAUUUAUAUUUUCUAAACUGUUGUGCAUAAAUGUGAUGUUUUAAUAUGGUUUUCAUUCCCCAUUUCUGUUAUAAAUGUGUUUGAACUGUUUACAAGCAGUUACUUUUUCCAUCGACUUUUUACUGUACCCUUGUGUUGACUCUGCACUGACAUCUUUAAGUUACUGUGGCUUAUUAGCAGUCAAACCACAAACGUGUUUGCAUGAAAUCCAGCUGAAGAAACUAAAAGCUAAGCUGAAACAAGUUAAAGCCUGUUUUCCUACGGAAGCAAUUAAUUUGUCCAAAGAGCACAUGUUGAUAAAAUGGUCAAAACGUGGAAAACAGAUGUGUGUUUAGUGUUUUGACACUGAUACUGUGAAGUGUCCUUUGGGAUAAAUUAAUAAAGAGAAAAAUCGUAAUAAUGAAAUGGCACAAACACAGUGGAACAGUAAAGGCCUAAUAUGUACAAGUGAUAAACUAUUAAUACUGAAAAGAAAAUGAAAGUCUGGUUUGUCUUAUUUCAUACUCUGCAUUCACUGAGCUGUAAAGAAAGUGUGUAAAUCUUUGAAGUUUGAUAUAAAUAAAGUUUGUGAUUGUUUUUA